AUUAAGCCACUCGGUUGCAAACCACUAUUAUGAAAGUGGAAGUGAAGUAAAACAUCAACAGGUGUGAAAGUGAAGUACACAGCCAACCUCGUCCCCAGACAGCCAAAUAAGGAUCACAAUGAUGCUGCAAAUGGCCCAUAUAUGGCAGAAUUAAGAGUAGGGUGGUGUGAGCAAUGCCUGUCCUAGACAAGGACUCCCUCCUUCGGCUGCGGCGGGACCUUUCUGCCACAGUAUCGAAGGAUGUGGUGUCCACCAUGGCCAGCGCUCUCAAUGAUGUCACGGGAGGAGGCAACGAUGUUACAUCACCCAGCGGAAACGGCACAGACUUCGCCACCACACCAGCUACAGGCUUCAACAAGUUCAAAGAUAUGGUCUGGGAUAAGAUAGAAUCCUUGGGCCUGCCAAUCUGGGCAUUGGUCCUGAUCGCCAUCGGAGCUGGACUAUUCUUACUCUGCUGUCUCUACUGUAUAUGUAAAAGAUGUAUAUGUCGGAAGAGGAAAAAGAAAGACCAGAAGAAAGGCCUCAAAGGAGCUGUCGACCUCAAGAGUGUGGCAUUGCUGGGAAAUGCUAUUAAAGAAAAAGUUCAACCUGACCUAGAGGAAUUACAAGUGAAUAUGGAAGAUAACGAAGAUGCAGAGAGCACGAAGUCUGAAGUCAAAUUGGGAAAACUUCAGUUCUCACUGGAGUACGACUUCCAGAAAGGGGAGCUGGCUGUUGGUGUGAUACAAGCUGCCGACCUACCAGGGAUGGACAUGUCAGGAACGUCGGAUCCAUACGUCAAAGUUUUCUUCCUCCCAGACAAGAAAAAGAAGCAUGAGACCAAAGUUCAUCGAAAAACUCUCAACCCUGUCUUCAAUGAGACAUUUGUAUUCAAGAAUGUCCCGUUUGCUGAAAUCGGCCAAAAGAUUUUGGUCUUCUCCAUCUACGACUUUGACAGGUUUUCCAAGCAUGACCAGAUUGGCCAAGUGAAGGUACCAAUGAAUUCAGUGGACUUGUGUCAGACCAUCGAGGAAUGGCGCGACCUUACUAGCCCCGACACUGAUGCCGAGAAGGAAAACAAAUUAGGAGACAUUUGUUUCUCUCUGCGAUACGUACCCACUGCUGGCAAGUUGACAGUCGUCAUACUGGAGGCCAAAAAUCUCAAAAAGAUGGACGUCGGUGGACUGUCAGAUCCUUAUGUUAAGAUAUCUUUGAUGUUAAAUGGCAAGCGAGUUAAGAAGAAGAAGACGACAAUUAAGAAGUGUACUUUGAAUCCAUACUAUAACGAGUCAUUCACAUUUGAAGUUCCUUUUGAACAAAUCCAGAAAGUGUCUCUCUACGUCACUGUCGUGGAUUAUGACCGUAUUGGGACCUCAGAGCCAAUUGGCCGUGCAUUGCUAGGAUGCAACUCAAGCGGAACAGAACUUCGUCACUGGAGUGACAUGCUUGCCAACCCCAGGCGUCCAAUCGCACAGUGGCACACUCUCCAGGAGGUGCCAGAGAAGAGCUAAGAGAUGUGGCGGGACCAACCAGUACAGGGUCAACCUGUACGUGGUCAACAAGUCCUUAAAGGCCAUGAUGUGCAAUGUCAUCAGACAUAUUUAUAUAAACUGUUAAACAUAUAUCGUUAUAUGUCAUAGUCAUAAGCAUGACAAGGAUGAAUGAAAUAUUAUAUUUAGCAAUUUACUUGCUAUUAUAUAACAUACAUUACUUGUUAUCCUGUUUUUGGGGUAUUCUGUGUAUCAUUUUUUCUGUUGUAGUGUAUAGAAGGUUAAAAAGAAAGCAUUUCAGACAUUUCUGCUUUCAGGUUUUUAGUACUUCAGAUGUAGUUUCAUCAUGCAUUGGUACAAGUCUUGUAUCAUUCACCUUCAGGCCCCAAUGUUAAAUGAAACAGAAAGCAAAACAAGCAAAUAUUUGUGAUGAUAUUAUUAUAACAUCGCCAUAAAAUAAAUGUCAAUGCAAUCUCGGAGAAACAGUGUGUUAUGUUUAAAUAACGUAGCCAUUUCUCUUCAUUCCCUACCUGAGGUAUAUAUAUAUACACUAAGUAUUGAAUUAUAAUUGAAAUCCACCUUGUCAGAUCUGUGUCUGACAAGUCACCUUUUAAUUGAUAUACAUUUCAUUUAUCUAAUGUAAGAUGAAAAUAAGACAUUUUAUUUGAACUAUAUUUUUACCAAAGAAAAUAAAUUCUGGACCCGAACACUUCCUGUAAAAUUUGCUGAAAUCAUUUUGUUUCAGUGUUAAAUUUUGUUCAUAUAAAAUAAAUCGUAACAUUCCAUUUUAUUGUUGACUUGCUGAAAUAAUAGGAUAUUGUUUUGGGUUUUAGUCAUUAGGACAGAUCAUUAAGUGGUAGGAAGGGUAUAUUUUAUCAACCUUUAUGGGAGAAAUCAAUUUGUCAUUCAGUAUCAGAUUAGAAUCAUAUAAUGUAAAUACCUUUUAUCAUUUAAGAAAAGUGUACAUCAUUUAAGACAAACUUUACAGCUGUUACUUAUCCAAACUAUAUUUACACCCCUUGAUAAACAGCACGGCUGUGUAGGUCAACCAUUUGGAAGGGUGUCAUCAUUCAUUCCUUCUUAACACAUCACCCCAGUACUUGUCAUAACAGAGGAAGCUUUUUAAGAUACCAAGAUCUGUAUAUAUUUCAGGCCUGUUGCCUCCUCUAAAUUAUCUGUCUUGAUAUUUUUACCAAGUAUUUUGAGGAAUUAAAUCUAAAAAACGUGUGGAGUUAACUCCCAUUAAUUUACGAUAGAAAUUUGAAGAAAAAUGUUGUUAAUUCAUCAUUCGUUAAUAAGAUAUACUGAAUUAUUAUUUACUGGAAGUCUAGAAUUUUUAAAAUAAUAAUACAAAUUCUCAAAUUGUACAUAAAUUUAAAGUUUAUUGUGGAAUUGAUGAGACAGUGAUUUUUUCCAGUGUGUGUAGCCUGUAUAUAGUUGCCCUCACCCUAUCAUUCUGUGUCCCUAGGCUUCCUGUACUUACAUAAAACUAGGUCAGACAUGCUGUGAUAAAUCUCCAGGAUUUUGUGGUGUUUACAUGACAAACACCCGAUUUCUGAGAAAUUAUUUGUUACACUAAUAGCUGCUGUUAACAUCAAUUUCAGCUCUUCAGACUUUUCAACCAAUCUAGUAUUUAGUUUCAUUCUCCUCUGACUUUCGAGUCUAGUUUGUUUUUCAAAGAAAUUAGAGUGAAACAGACAUGUAAGAUUUGUAUACUUUGUAAACACUGUUUACCUAUAUGUGUCAUUAUUAGUUCAUGGUUAUGAAUCAAAUUUCUCAGACUUCUAAAUUGCUGGUAUAUUAUUUGUAUCUUUGAUGUAAAUUUCAAAUUCCUUAAAAUGAAUAGUAGUACAAACAUUUAAAAUCCAGGUUUCUGGAUCCUCACAAAGAAACUACUGUUAAAACGAAUGAGACUGGGAAGAUGGGUAAAAGAUCACAUUUUUAUGUGUCUAGUAAAUUCCUUUUUCACAAUGUUAUCUUUCAAUGCCAGUGAAAGAUUUUUAUUGUUAUAGGAGAUUUUUAUGAUGUUUUUGUUUGUGAAUUUUAUGUUAGAUACCUGACAUUCCCGGUAAGGUUUGUGAUAAAAUGCAAAAAAAAAAUGAUAUUUGUUAUAAUGCAUUUGUUGAUUAUUUUAUUUUUUUCUUUGGUUUAGAAAUAAUAUUAAUCUAUAUUAUUCUAAUUCCAAAAUUCCAAACUACAACCUCUUAAAAUGAUGUCUUGAAAAACUAUUUUGUGGGAGACACUUGUUUCCAGCUACAUCAAAGUGGGAUCGUUAAGAUUUUUCUAUGUGUGGAAAGUUCACAAAACAUUCCUUCAUGUUGGCAGAUUCCGCUCUCCUGAACAAUUUAUUUCCAGACGGACAAACAUCUCUCGCUUAUGUACUAUACAUAUACUGUCAUUGUGUGAGGUUAGUUAUUUCCAAUCAAAUGAGGUUCAAGCAAAUGUCAGGUUUACAAGCUAGCUCCUACUUUUCUCAUACAUGAAAGGCCUCUCCAUUUUAAAUCUCACUGAAUUCCAAGUUUAGUUGUUGUAUUUUAUCCUAUACCAUCAUCAAAACUAGCAUUAAAAAAUGAAUCAAUUUGUUCAUAAAUAUUUUAUUAUGAAUCUCAAUUAUUUUAUGUAUAUUUAUGAUGUAGUUGUCAUUACUUUUUUUAAAUAUUUUCUCCUUUGUUGAAAGAAUUGAUACUUUUGGAUGCCUGGAAACAAAUGAAAUGAAGAAUAUUUUGAUUUGCUAUUCUCUUUACAUUUGUCUUUUUGAUUGUCAAAAUAAAAUCCUAAAUUCCGGCCUUGCUUGGAUAAUAAAACCCUCUCUCUGACAUAUUCUAAUUGUCCCCUUUCACACCUUUUACACGAGGUCACAAAUAUGUAGAUGUAAUAGGAACUGUAUGUGUUACUGAACUGUAUAUUCCACCAUUCUGUUACAUAGAGAAGUCUACUGUUGGUGAAAUAAAGUCUGUCUGUCUGGUUA